AACAUUACCAAAGCCCCCUUUCCUCCUUCUUCGUGCUGAUGGGCUCAGGGAACCACCAUUCAGACCCCGAAACGGCGUUGGUCCGUGAAAGGAGGCUGGUAAAGCUGGAGAUCGAGGACCCUCUCGAGGAAGAGAAUGGUCCCAUCAGCAAGCGCUCCAAAUCUUCGCUCGCUCCGAAAGAGAUUAUCUCAAGUGAUGCAUCUCUUGGUGAUGCUUCAGCAUACAGCAUACUUGAUGAGCCUAGCCCUUUGGGUUUGCGUCUGAAGAAGAGUCCUUCACUGUUGGAUUUGAUACAAAUGAAGCUUUCCCAAGGGAGUGUGCCUGUUACAAAUACGGAAAGUGACAACUUAAGCUGUCUAGGGAAAAAGGAUACGCGUGCUGCUGCCGGAACCAGUUCUGUUGACAAGCUUAAGGCUUCGAAUUUCCCAGCUUCACUUUUAAAAAUUGGUACAUGGGAGUAUAAAUCAAAAUAUGAGGGCGACUUGGUGGCAAAGUGUUACUUCGCUAAGCAUAAGCUUGUUUGGGAAAUUCUUGAAGGUGGGCUGAAGAGCAAAAUAGAAAUCCAAUGGUCAGAUAUUACAGCAUUGAAGGCCAAUUGCCCUGAGGAUGGACCUAGUUCAUUGUCUGUAGUGCUUGCCAGACAGCCUCUUUUCUUCAGGGAAACUAAUCCUCAGCCUAGAAAGCAUACACUGUGGCAGGCAACAUCAGAUUUUACGGAUGGACAGGCGAGCAAACAUAGGCAGCAUCUUUUGCAAUGUCCACAAGGGCUGUUGACCAAGCAUUUUGAAAAGCUUAUCCAGUGUGAUGCCCGUCUUAAUUUUUUAAGCCAACAACCAGAUAUAAUUUUGGAUUCACCUCAUUUUGAGACACGGCCCUCUUCUGCUGAGAGUGCGGACAAUCCAAAAGAUCAUGAUGUGCAUCAAGUCAACAGUAAGGGAUCUGCCAUGUCUAGUUUUCUGGACGUGCAAUCACCUAUUGCAUCCCUGUCACCAUCAUUUACGAUUGAGCACAAUAAUCCUCCUGCCAUUAGCAUAGAUAGUCUGCCCCGUGAAGCGCCUUCCCCUAGUUCAGUCAUGGACUGCCGUGCAAUUGAAGGGAGUUCAAGUUCUGAAGCUGAAUCCAAGGCCCCUAGAAAUUGGGAUGAGAUUAAAGUGCCUGGAUUACGCCCUUCUAUGUCAGUCAGCGAUUUUCUUGGCCACAUUGAACAUUGCCUUUCUGAGCAAAUAACAUCUGAGCCAGAGUACCAGGAAAUGCUGGAGGACAUUGCACAGUAUCUUCUUAGUGACAAUCAGGCUAUAGGUACAGCAGCUUCUGAUGAAAAAUCACUCAUGUCAAGGGUCAAUUCUCUUUGUUGUCUUCUUCAGAAGGACCCUCCAGCCGUGCAGAACUCACAUGACCAUGAAACUGUGGUUGAAGGGCCUGACCGUGGGAAAGGUAUUCAACUUGCCCAUACUCAUGAAACAGUGAUGGAUGACAAAAGUAGAAUAGAUUUCAAGAUAUUGGAAGAGGACUCUAGAGAUGUUUCAUCUAGCAAGCAGGCACCAGGCAUGUCUAGGAAAGACUCGUUUGGAGAAUUGUUGCUUCAUCUCCCUAGAAUUGCAUCGCUUCCGAAGUUCUUGUUUAAUAUAUCAGAAGAGGAUAGCGACAGUCAAGGCAGAUAGCUACUCUGAAAUGUGAAAAUAGUCAAGUUGCAUCGAGAAUAUGUUAAUGUACUCGCAUGUACCAGUUUAACUUCUUCCAUGGGAGUCACUAGGAUUCUGAAAAAAUUUUAAUGAAGAAUCGUGGUGUAGAGCUCAUGUUAGAACUCUUUAGAUAGGUGUUUUAGUUCUUUUCUUGUGGUCAUUCUAGUUUUCGUAGACGGUUAUUGUAAUGUAAGUAGAUUUAUUGCCUAAUAAGUUUUUCAGCAGUCACGGAUUUUAAUUC